GUCCGCUACGCGAAGGUACAGCGGUCCCAGACCGCCACGGCACGCAGCGUUCGACCGCGCAAGGCAGCGCUCGGCGACCGACGCCAGACGCACCGGGAAGCAAGCAGCGAGGCUGCCCCCCACACGACCAGCAGAGAUCCAUGGGCUGGGCCGCCGCGCUGCUGGGCGCGGCCCUCGUCCCGACCACACAUGCGGGCCUCUUCACGGCCUACCAUGUCAAUGUCGUGAACCGGACGCACGCCUACAUUAACACCACUCAUAACGAACCGUGGUGGCGGCGGCGACGUGAGGUGGAGAAGCCGCGUAAACGGAGAUGGUGGCACCUUCGUAGACAACCGGAACCCGAACCAGAGACGUGGUGGGACUGGUUCUGGGCAAAACCGGCGGAGCCCCCGACCCAUCUACCGUGGUGGCGCGGCGGCGGCCACGACGAUUCCAUAUUGAGGCCGCCUAGUUACUGGGCCGCGCUCGAAGAGAAACAGAAACAACAACGGCCCUCAUGGUGGCGUCGAAGACUCCAGGCCGAAGCCGCGAAACGAUCCUAUGGCGUGGACAACUACAAGGGCACGACGUGGGGCGUCGCCGUCGGCGCGCAGGCCGACCAGAACUACCCGAUCGGGGGGUUGAGAUGUUAUUACACGGUGAAAGGAGGCAUAAGUGGUGGCUGGGCCCUGGCGGUCGACGAGCCGCAGAUCAACAAGGCCGGGAACAACCAGAAGGCAAUUCUGUGUCCCGAGGGCCAGAACAAGUUUUGUGUAAGGACAGAAGUCCUGAGCCUCCAGAACAUCGAGUGCGGCUGGACGGAGUUCUACGGCGACCGCACGGAGUUCACGCCCUCCGAGGACACGGGGUGCAUCUUCAAAAAAUGCGCCUCGACGUGCAAGGAGGACAAGAUGACGGUCUACUCGAACUACAUCGAGAAGUACCGCGAGGCGGCGCCGUACAACCGGGACACGCUGUGCUGCAAGACGCACUACUGCAACGCCGCUGCGGGGGUGGUCCCGUCUGUCUUGCUGGGGUUCGUCGUAAUACUCUUUACUUAGGCUUCGGCGACGGUUGCACAUCAUUCGGGUUCUGCUAUGAAAGACGCCGCCACCGAUGAAUCGGCGACGCGCGGUGCUAGCCUAGUAGCACCGUGAUACUCGG